GAUAUAACACACUUCGUACAGUAGGUGGCGGUGUGCAAAUUGAAAAAUGGCUCCAAAGUUCCAAUGACCAAGGGCAAAAGAAGAAGAGGUCCGUCACACCGGUAGAUGGCACUGUUACCUUUGGUUGUUAGCUGCUAGGUUUAUCUUUUUUGUUUCACGUUGACUGUAAACAGGAAUUGAAUUUUUAUCAGUUGGUUUUACUAUUGUUCAUUUUAUGUAUGUAAUUUAAUGAGUUGAGAAACCUGAGUUUUUUAUUAUGUCACGGUCAAACGGUUAUUGUUGGAAUACGCGGAACUAGCUAGCGUAAAGCUAACGUUACCGAACGUUAGUUAGCUAACAGACAGCUGCCUAGUUACUGUAUUGCUAAAUAUAAGUGAACUGGUGAACACAAUGAUUAAGUGUUUGCCCAAAGAGGUUCAGGGGAAACUUCGCUCCGGUGUCGCCAUCCCGUCCCUUCAACAGUGUUUGGAGGAGCUCAUCCUAAACAGCAUCGAUGCCGAGGCGACCUGUGUGGGGGUCAGGAUGGACAUGGAGGCGUUAAAAGUUCAGGUAAUCGACAACGGCGCUGGGAUGAGCGCUGAAGAUAUUGAGCGUGUGGGAAACAGAUACUACACAAGCAAAUGCAACUCUCUUGAAGACCUGGACGACCUCAAGUGGUACGGUUUUAGAGGAGAAGCCUUGGCGAGUAUAGUUUCUUUAGCCACGCUUGUUGAAAUCUCGUCCCGAACCAGAUCAACAGUUAAAACACACGUGAAGAUUUUCAAGAACGGCAAAGGCUUGGACGUCUUCGAAGCAGAGACGGCUCGACCCUCUGCGGGGACGACUGUUGUCAUUUGUAACUUCUUCCACAACAUGCCAGUCCGGAGGAAGAGGAUGGAUGCUGUGCUGGAGGGUGAGAGGAUCAGACACAGGGUCGAGGCUAUUUCUCUGAUGCAUCCUUCUGUGUCUUUCACCCUGAAGAAUGACUGCACAGGAGCCAUGAUGGUGCAGCUUCCCAAAGCCAAAAACACGUAUCACAGGUUUGUUCAGAUACACAGUCUUGUGCGAGCACAGAAACUGAGAGAAAUUAGCUACACACAUGGGCAGUUUGAGGUGACCGGUUACAUUGGCAGAGAGGGCCACUACAACAACAGUUUACAGUUUCUGUAUGUAAAUGCCAGACUGCUGCUGAAAACACGCAUACACAAGCUGCUGAACUUUCUCCUACGCAGACUGAGCAGUUCAAAUCAGAAAUGUGACAGUCCAGAUGGGCAGUCUGCCAUUAGGAGUCCAAAGCACAAACGAAGCCAAGAGCUGCAUGGAGUAUAUAUCAUCAAUAUCAAAUGUCCUUACUCAGAAUAUGACAUUUGUCUUGAGCCUGCCAAAACUCUAAUAGAGUUCAAAGAUUGGGAUGGCAUUUUGCUCUGCAUAGAAGAAGCAGUGAAAGCUUUUCUGAGCAGGGAGAACUUGGUGGCUGUGCUUUCUCAGGAUGACUUGGACUAUGUGUCUCCUCAGCUGUUUAGCACUGACAGUACAGAUCAAGAGGGGAACAGCAGUGGCAAAGGCGGCCAGGCAGCUAGCAGUGCUUCCACGCUAGAUUGCAGUAUUGGAAUGAAACUGGCAUCUGAAUCUGUUCAUCGUAAGCGCAAAGAUGACUGUGUUUCUGAGGACAGAGUUUGCCAGGAGUCUGAUCUGAUGGAAUGUAAAGGCGAUGAGGCUGAAAAGAUGCCUGCAGAUGACUUGGAGAAGAUACAAAGUGAAGGAAAAGAAUGUAGAGAUGAGCCUCAGUGUCAACUGGAACCUGCAUCUGAUGAUAACAUUACUGAAGAAGAGGAGCCAACAUUCAGUAAAGCUGAGGAAGGCUCUCAAAUUAUGUGCAUAUCAAGGCCAGUCAGACAAUUGAAGAGUGAAGAACCACAACUUUCUAAAGGAAGACACGAGACACGAUUAAACAAUGCCUCCUCUGCCAGUGAUGUGAUUUUACCAGACAGCAUCACUCAACAAAUUCAGCCUGAUUUAAACUGCAUUGAGCAAUUAUUACCUGACCAUGUGGGUGCAGGAGGACACAAACAGACUUUAAUGAGUAAUAGAAAGAUCUGUCUGUCUGAUCCAUUCAUUCAUCAAAGUCUGCAGACUCAGGAUGUUUCCCAAAUCAACAGGUCAGUGUUUCAGAAGCAAAAUUUAGCACAGAAAGGCAAGGAGAGAUCCCUUGUGUCAAAAUAUAAAAUUUCACUGAAUGCAGACUGUGACAUUCCCUCAAAGAUUUCCAGAAUUGAAUCUUGUCAAAGGUUGUCUUUAUGUAAGGAGUCUGGAUCUCUUGACAAGUUUAGAAGAGCAUUUGGUCAAUCUAAUGAAGUUAAAUUACCCUCUCUGGAGACUAAUUUACAGAACAACACUAGGCUCCCGCAGAAUCCCCAGAAUUAUUUGGUUUGCCAGAAAGAUCAGCAGGAUGGUGAUGUUACACAGACACAAAAAAAUGAGACACCGAGCCAAAGCCCACCAGCCCUCUCUGUUUUCACCAAGCUAAAACCAGUUUCAGCUCAGAGUAAAGGCAAGAAAUCUUUGGCGGCUAAACUCUGCCAUUUGAAACAACACAAGUCCGAGGGUUCAAAAGCCUCACAGGACAAUACCUGUCUCAGCAGUGGUGAUGACAUCCAAGACAGCAACAACAAUGAGAAUCUCUGUGACACUGCACUGAAUCCUGAGCUGGUCUCAGGUUGCAAUACAAACCCUCAGUCGGGUGAGAAAGAAGAGGAUGCAGGUGACUGGCUUCAUCACUAUGAUACAUCCGUGGGAAAGACGGUUUACGUCAACAGAGUGACCGGGCUUAGCAAAUAUGAGGACCCAUCUACUGAAGACACACAAGUGCGCUGUUCAUCUGAUGUCACCAAUAUGGCUGUUAGUGUCGUCUCUGAAACAGGGAUGGAACACAGAUGUUACCCAUUUCAGGUGGAUGUUGUGUUGCCCUUCCUGCCUAAAUCCAGGACAGGAAGAGUGAUUAGUUCAGGGCUUGGUGACAGAGAUGGUGGUGGUGAGAGCUCCAAUUCACUUUCCUCACUGUACUCAAAAUGGAAUAACCCUGUCUUUGUCCAACCUCCUAUGGUUGGUGUGGACAUAUCAAGUGGGCAAGCUGAUGGACUGGCUGUAAAGAUCCAUAACAUCCUGUUUCCAUACCGCUUUUCUAAGGCCAUGAUUCACUCAAUGAAGGUUAUUCAUCAAGUGGAUAAGAAGUUUCUCGCAUGCCUUAUCAAUACAAGAGAUGAAGAACCUGCAGCACACACUGAAACUGAAGGGAAUCUUUUGGUGCUGGUGGAUCAACAUGCUGCACAUGAGAGAGUUCGACUUGAAAAUCUAGUUGCAGAUUCCUAUGAGGAUGACCCAGAUGCAUCAGGGGAAAGACGUUUGUGUUCAUCAACCAUUUUGCCACCUCUUGAGAUCAGUGUAACGGAGGAGGAGCUGAGGCUGCUCAGGUCUUGUGAGACACAUUUACGGAUCUUGGGCUUGCGGAUGAAGUUCUCACAGGCAGCAGAUCCCCAAGUAUUUGUGGGGAAGGUACCACUGUGCUUCAUGGAGAAGGAGAGUAAUGAGCUAAGACGGGGGAGACCAUCUGUUAUCAAGCCCAUAGUUGAGGAGUAUCUUCGAGAGCAGAUUGAGUUACUCCGCUCAACUGGUAGAGUGAGAGGAACGUUACCUCUCACUGUACUAAAAGUGCUUGCCUCUCUAGCGUGCCACGGUGCCAUUAAAUUCAAUGACACCUUGAGCAAAGAUGAAUGCCACAGCCUGGUAGCAUCCUUAUCUUCCUGCCAGCUGCCCUUCCAGUGCGCCCAUGGCCGUCCUUCCAUUGCUCCCCUGGUAGACGUCCUCCAUUUGGAUAAAGACCAGAAGGAAUUACAGAAACCUAACCUCCGAAAGCUGAGAAGAAUGCAUAAAGCUUGGGAACUUUAUGGAAAUAGAUAAGUGGGUGUGUAUUUUAUUUUAAAUGUGUAGUUUAUUCCCAACAAAAUGAACUGUAACCAAAAAAAACCUUAUAAAUGGCUAAAACAGUCACAUUCCCCAAAAAGCCCUGCAGUUGAAACAUUUUGUUUUGUAGUAAAGCAACUGUAAAUAGAGUUUAGUAUUUAUAUAAAUAAUAUAUUGUCAUAAAUGAAUAACAUUUGGUUUUGUAAGUACAGAGAAAGAGAACAUACUAAAAUAAAUUGAUGUUAAUUAAAUUUGAUGCAUCAUCAGAAAAGCAGAAAAAGGCACAUUGUGAUGUUCAGGUAAAUAUUCCCAAACUUGGGAGUCCACUUUGAUGAUCGAGCUGCAUCCUUCAGGUUGAGCUUAAAAAACGACCUCAGUCAAUCAACUUCUUUGUUUUGAAGAAUCGUUUCAAAUAAAAAACCUGCCACGUGGCCAGUGCAGUCAAACAGCACAUGGAGAUGAUGCUGAAGAGCAGCACUUGUGUAUUGGUGGAACCUGUUUGACACAGUCAGAUAGUGUUAAAAAGUCGAAACAUUUUUUUAAAUGGCUCAGUCACCUUGAUGGUUUCAGUGGCUUUUAGUGAUUUAGAGCAUAUUGCUCUGUCCAUUUACCAUUUGUGUCUCUCAUCUCUUUCCAUCAUUUCCUCAAGUUAUCUGCAAUGGAGUGGGAGAGGUACUCAAAGUGUCUUAGCCUCGCCUCAAGGGGGGUUAGUUUCUUCUCUUUUUCAAUUUGUCAAAGAGGUUGGCAAGAAUAAUAUUUAUCAAUCCUGUGUAGGUGCUGUGAUCUCUAUGCAUCAUCUCACUGUUGGCACAAAGUUCAUCAUGGACUGAAUUAUCAGUAAGAGUUUGGAUUAAUAUUCAUACAGUAUUAACACAGUCCCUCACCUCUUCAUAAUUCUUCUGCGUCCGUGCCAUGCUUUGUGUUCAGUUUAACCAGGUGGUCUGGGAUCCUCCCGGUGCCUAAUGUCAAUCAUUAAUCACUUAUUAUGUUAUUUGACAGAAAAUAAUUAGGCUUUUUCCAUUACUUGGAUUAACCCAACUAUUCAUCUCAUAAUAAUAUAAUAAUUUAUGUACUGUUUGUUCCUUUGAGUUAGAAUAUUCCCUUUAUCUGUAAUAGUU